UGAGCCCAGAACAAAGACGACGACGAAGAAGGAGACCAGGCAGGCAGGCUUCAUGUCCGCAAGAGUUUAGUUGAUUUUUGUGAAGUGAGUGGGACACUUGUGACCGGUGCUCGCUCAAGGUGUCCUUAAUUAUUAAUAAUCCUUAAUCAUGGGACAAUUACUGUUACCACCAAGAUCAUCCAACAGGAGUUUUCUCCUCUCUCUGACUUUCUUUACAUAUUUUCUCGUGAAUCUCGUUACCAUCAUCCGCGCGGAAGUGCCAGUAGUGCCUAGUUCAUAUUCUGAAAGCGCUUUAGAAUACCCAAAUAAUGGAUCUGUGUCACAACAGCCGCCUGCAUCCAUUUCUGCUGGAAAUGGAACUUCCAGAGCUGACAGACUUUUGAAUAUCUUCACCAUCGUAAAAUUCCCAAAUGAAGCGUGCUGGACGGGAGAUGCCCUAAGAGCUGGCGUGUGCUACACAUCCAGGGAAUGUCGAGAACGAGGAGGCACGCCAUCAGGAGCUUGCGCCACCGGUUUCGGAGUUUGCUGCGUCUUUGCUCGUACUUGUGGGCAGAGCACAAAGGAAAACUGCACAUAUUUCACCAGUCCACGAGAGGCUCGAUAUGUGCCACACCAAGGACCCGUGAUGAACUGUCAGCUCCAAGUGUACAAAGGAGGCUCGGAUGUCUGCCAACUCCGACUGGACUUUUUGCAUUUUGACCUUGGACCACCAGAUCCGUACAGUGGUCAGUGCAACAAGGAUGCCUUCCUGGUCACCGGCUCUGCAUACUCUCCUCCAGUGAUUUGCGGAAAGAACACUGGCCAGCACAUGUACAUCGAUUUAGGCGGUCAUAAUUACGGACCAAUUACUCUUACGGUUACCACCUCAGGGUACCAUAAAGAUCCGGGUUGGGAUAUUAAGAUCACCCAAGUGAGAUGUUGUGACAGAGCUCCGGACGGUUGCUUGCAAUAUCAUUAUGGCGUCUCAGGCGUACUUAAAUCAUUCAACUUUGACGGAUGGGAUCAACAUUUGGCCAAUCAAUGGUACACUAUUUGUACGAGAAUGGAAGCUGGUUUCUGUGCAAUCAAGUACGAAGAGUGUGAUCCUGACAAGGGAACUUUCCGUAUUUCUCGCGAUGACAAAAAAGCGCAAACGGAUGGAGAUUGUUUGAACCCUAAAAAAGCUGGGUCUUCUGAUCACAUUUUAAUCCCUUGUGGUACAACGGACGGUAAUAAGAUCCAAUCUGGCAAAAAGAAGGGCGUUCCAUGUGCCAACCGGUUCUGCGGAACAACAUUCUGUUCCUUGGACAAGAAGGCAAAGUCUCCUUGUCCUGUGGAGAGUCACACGAAACCUUUCACCAUUCGGGUUUGCUUUGAUGACGACGAAUAUUCCAAGAAGGAGACUGAGAACAUUGGCUUUUGUCUAAGAUACACACAACUACCCUGCUCCAGCCAUUAAAUCAAGAAUCGAGAGCUACAUAUUUCGUAUAUUUACCAACAGCCAAUACAAUACCUCCACACCACCACACCCACAUACAUACACUUUAUAUAUUCUUAGUAUUUAUUCAAAUGAGGCAAAAUAAAUUAUCAAAGGUGUCAGUCCCUGUAUAUAUAUAUAUGUAACAGCAAUAAAGUGGUUUCUACAUAA